AUGGCUGAAUAUCUUGACACGGCAGUAACGGUCGGUGAUGCAAUUGCUGGACUUGCUCCCACACAUCGCCAGUGCACCAUUGAGAUUAAGAAUGAAUGCAAAUUCAGCCUUUGUAAUCCCAGGACACACAUUGAGCGUGGAAGCUGUGUCAUACCUCUGCCACCUUUCAUUGCCUUUUCCGAAUGUGGCAAAGCGCAGUUCAUCAAGACUGCUCACACAGCAUGUGGAUCUGUUGGCGUCUUCACUUAUGAUCUCCUGGAGAAGGAUACAGACCAGCUCACUGAGAAAAUAGCUGUCAUGUUCUCUGUGCCCUAUGACUUCAAUAUGUACUCAAACUGGUACGCAGUGGGAAUCUUUGAAAAGAGCAAAGAGUGUGAUCAUGAUCUUUAUUAUGACAUGUAUUAUAACACCAACCAAUCAUUUGUCAGAGGUGAAGCGAAGGGCCCAUCUCUCAGUCAUAAGGGUAAUCGUGUUAAAAUCAUGGCAACAAUGUCAGACUCCUACCAACCUAUCAUUAAGGUGCAAGUCAUGGACUCAGUGACUAAAUCGUAAAAUGUCAAUCAAUUACAAACCAGAUAAACCAGAACUGGCCCACAUCCAGAAUACACAUACUUAAGAGCACCGCAUCUUUACAAACAAAGGCCCACAUUUGAUUUGGGAUAUACGGGCCAUAUUUGCUAUUUUACAUGUGGGCCAUUUCAGGCUCACAUCCAUUUUGUCCGGGCCAGAAGAAGUCUAGCAGUGCCGCAUCAUUGCCCACUUCUGUAUACUGUCUGGGUAUAGACAUACAGUAUGUAAACUGUACUAUUUGCAAUGUUUUUA